UUAACUGCACAAACAAAACACUUGUUCUUCUUCAUCUUCAACAGUCUCUUCCACAUUUUGGGGGGAAGAAAAACGAUGGCAGAUGGUUUUGGCUACGGCGGUUUCUCCGGAGCACCGUACCCGUUCUGUCUUUCUUCUCCUCCUCCUCCUCCUCCUUCAGCUUCUGCGCCGCCGUUCCUUGCACCACCCCAUCCGGUUUAUUUAACCCAAGGAGGGUUUGAUCCAACGACUUCUCACCACCGAUCGCCAUCUGAUUGGUCGAUUUACCCUUCGUAUGUUCGUCCUUCUCUAUCUCAGACGCCUUCUUCAUCGCUUUACGUUAACAACGGAAGUUACGGUCACCGGGGUGAAGAUUCGUCGUAUGCAUACAUGUUACCACCGAACCCUUCAUCAUCAUCAUAUGAUUAUGUGCCACUUCCCACUGAUUAUUUAUUAGAGAGUCAACGCUUAGACAACCGGAUGCCUUAUAAAUUCUCAGUCUCUCCUGUACAGAGCUCUGCUACAUUGCCCUCUUCUUCUUCUGAAUCUGAACCAUUCUACAAGCCUAUCCCUCCUUCUGGUCAUCAUCAUGGCCAUGAUAAAUUUGAGAGCUUUAAUGCUGUCCCUGAUAUUGUUUCUACUCAUGCCCCUCAGAAUAUUCAAUCCAGUUUGCCCUCUUCUUCUGUUGAACCUGUGGAUUUCAACGUGUUGGUUGAAUCCACUGGUCUUUGCAAUGGAACAGCUGGCUCAACAGGUUCAAGAAGCCCCAGAGCGCUACAUUGUGCUAGCAAGUCCUCGGAGAUACGGCAAGGUAGUAGUGGCGUCUCAUCCCUUUAUCAGACGCCCAAAACUUUUCUUGCCGACAGUGAGAACGGUGCUUCUGAAACAUCCUUGAAGAAUGCUAUUGACGAUUUGAAUUGUGAUGACCAUAGAUCGUGGAACCACUUCAUGGAAGGACCUUCAGCUCCUACUAUGUUUACUGUGGAAAGUGCUGCAGUGAAAGCGGAUAACGGAAAUGCUUCCGAUGGUUGUGCUAAUCAGCCUAGUGAAGAUGUUCAAGUAUGUAAUCUCCAGAAACACAUGUUUGAUAACAAGACCAGUUCGUUGACCGAUAAGGGUAUCAAAGGUUGUAGUAAAUCGAAUGCAGAUGUAGUCUCAACUGGCCGGUUACCCGAAAGGCAUUUAUGUGAUCAAGGAAGUUUAACGUCCCCAGCUUCUUGUCCAAGAGUGACUUCCUUGGUUAAUGCCAUGCAUCAUCUGUCAGAGGUGCUUGUUUAUGAAUGCUUCAACAACGGGAGCUGGAUGAAUCCGGAACAGCUUGAGAACCUUGAUAAAGUAGUAGAGAAUCUCACCAAGUGUUUAACGAAAAGCACCGGUGACAAGACAGUAGCAGCGGAAGCAUCAAUUCCAACUCAAGCUAUGCAUGUUUCCUGUCCAAACGUGGUUGACCUUGAUGAGGCCUCAAAUGUAGUUGCUAAAGACUGUGGAGGUGUUAAGGUCAAGCCAUUGAAUAACUUUGGCUUGAAAGAGCCGGCGGAUAAGGAUAAGAAUGAGGAUGAGAUGACCCAGGGUAUUAAGAACAUACUUGUUUCCAACUUUCCUGAUGGUGAAGAAAACCACCCACAAACUCUCUUGUACAAGAGUCUCUGGCUCGAAACUGAAGCUGCCUUAUGUUCCACAACUUGCAUGACCCGGUACCAUCGCAUCAAGAAUGAGAUUGAUAAUUUCAAAUUGCAGAAUGGAGAUAUGCAAGAAGCUUUUCUUAACCCCCAGAAACCGGUUUCCAUUAGGAACAAUGUAGAGCAGGAAGCGACUGAGUCACUCAUCAAACAGGGAAGCAAUAGUGAGAAAGAUAUAGUUACGAUGAGUCAUGGCGCACCACUAAGCACAAGAUUCAACUCUGAUCCCGUUAAUGCAGUACUAUCACUCAUGUCCAGAAGCUUUAUGGGUGGUUUAGAACAGGUACAUCACGGAAACUUCAAGCCUGAUGCUGCAACCUCUGGAAAGAUACCGGACGCAACACAGCAGGAAUCCCCUGCAUUCACCACAGAGGAAAAACAUAAUGAUGUUAUAGACAGGUUUCAGAUUCUGAAGCAGCAGGAAACAAAGCGCAAAUUCAAGUCUCAGAACUGCUCAAAGACGAGAAUUGAUGACCAGGAAGAGAAUCCAGAAGCUAAUUCUGAGGUGGCUAAUAUUGGCACAAGAAGCCAAAUGAGUGAUGUGAUGGAUAGGUUCAAGAUACUAAAACGCCGGGAAGCUGAACAAGUUCAGAAAUCCCUCAACAGCUUGGACACUGAUUCAGUUUCUGACAAGGACAUGCCAAGAAACAAGACACAAAGUUGUGACCAUCCCUGGUCAGAGUCGAUGAUGACGGUAGAUGGAAAUUCUGUGAAAGAGACGUGUGCCGAUACUGAAGAACCAUUUGCAUCCGGCGAAGGCUGCGAGAGCCCGACCUCGGAUUGGGAACAUGUCCGCAAGGAUAAUUGAGUACUGCAACUUAGUGUAUAAAUAAAAAGCUUGUAUGUCUUCUUUCUGAAUGAGCAAUGUUAUUCUAUUAAAUGCACCAAUGCUAUUGCUCGAAAACUUUCUAUAAACAAAUAAAUAUAUUAAAAAAAAAAUUAUGCAA